AAUGAAUAAUCCUCUUGUAUCAUGAAUCAAACCUCUCGUGUUGUAUUAACUUUAGGAACGUCAUGGCCACGUAUAGUAAGGCGGAACGGGAGGUAGUUCUGAUGAUCUAUUAAUAUAUUAUACCUUUCUUCAUCGUAGUUGUCAUUAAUUAUGAGGUGUACGUUGGUCUGAGGAAGAAACGAUUUCAUUGAUGGUUUCGAGAGGACCAUUUGUGAAUAAAAAUCCAGGUUGUUUGUAUUCUUGUAAUUAAGCUGAUUGAUAAUUAUCCUUCAAAUGCUCUGACACUGCCACUUCUCUUCACCCCCCCUUUUAGGUCCUUUAUCUAGUAGUUAAGAGUCCUAAUUAACUCAAAAGCAAGCCCACCUAUCACUUUAGUUGAAAGCAGAACAACGAGAUCCCAAACCCAAAAGAAAGAAACCUCAAGCUGCCCCUACUUUAUUAAAUUUUUCCUUUGCCUUCCUCCGUUCACUGGCAUCAUCACGGACAAAGUCCAAGCCUUAUCUGGAGUUCUCCAGCAGCAGCCUUGUACAGCAGUCCAAGAACAGAAGGAUCCGAAAACCAACAACUCGAUCAGAGCUUUGUUCACACAUGGGUGAGAUGAUGUCUCUUCUUUCCAUCUCUUUUGUAGUCCGAUUUGCUGCUGAACAGUGGUGGAGUAACGAACUCACGAGCCUAUUUGCAUAAGUACUUCAUCAAGCUGCAGACCGCAACAAGGCCUUUUCUGAAACCGAACCAAGAGAGAGCUAGCUAGGGAGCAAGAACUCGGGGUUCUCCUAUUAGUUUUCGGUCCAGGUAAAAAGCGGUGACACUGUUGAGCAAUGGUGAUAAGACUUCAUCAUCGUUCACACCGUCUCCUCCUCGAUACAGAAUCAAGCACGCCACCAUCUAAUGGAAGUAGAAGCACCCGUGGGUCUUAUGGUAGCGAAGCAAACUUCGAUACCAACAUGGUGAUUAUCCUAGCAGCCUUGCUUUGUGCAUUAAUAUGCGCGCUGGGACUAAAUUCAAUUGUGCGUUGCGCUCUAAGAUGUAGCCGUAGGUUUGCGUUUGAAACACCGGAUGAGACUGCUGCACGUCUGGCUGCCACGGGCCUUAAAAAGAGCGCAUUGCGUCAGAUCCCCGUAGCUGUAUACGGGUCAGGGCUCAAUAUUCCGGCCACAGAUUGUCCAAUUUGCCUUGGCGAAUUUGCGGAUGGUGAGAAAGUUAGAGUGCUGCCAAAAUGUAACCAUGGUUUCCAUGUAAGGUGUAUAGACACUUGGUUGAUGUCACACUCAUCAUGUCCAACUUGCCGGCAAUCGUUGCUAGAACAGCCAGCAAGUUCCGAGGGUGGGGAUGCUGAUGCUGAGGCUGGAAGUCGGCAUAUUACAAAUGCAUCGGAAGGACAAGGGGAUGUGCCAAUAGCUGUGGAUGAGUUUGCAAUCACUCCUCCUCCGAAGUGCUAACGAUGAGGAAUCUCCACGUGCAUAGCACGUGCCUUUCUCUGGUCAAUUAUUAUUCAAAGUGGUUUGCAAUUGCAUUGCCAACCAAAGUCAGAUGAAAGGUGUUGAUUCCUUCAUUUUUGAGUUAAAAAAGAGUAGGUUAUUGGGCACAAAGGCAUAAUCGACCUUUUCAAUUUCGGAACUUGAGACUUGGACAGUAGUACUGGUGCCAAUAUUCCCAUGUUGUGUAAAAAGUAAAAACGAUGCUGAUCCACCUAAGCUUGCGUGCGACUCGAAAU